CUGUGAUGCUUGGUGAUGAUGUUGGAUUAAUGGUUAGAGCUUUUGCCGCUACGCUAGGAGAUAAAAAUGUUUUAGUCCAACGGGCUGUUCUUGAACUAUUAGUCGUUAGCUUUCCGUUAAAGGUUAAGAAUGUCGGAGAAAUUAUACAACAGGAUGAUUUUGUUUUAUUAAUGAAAUCUGUUGCAUCGGUCGUGCUGCGAAAAGAUAUGUCGUUAAAUAGAAGACUUUAUGCAUGGCUCCUAGGACCAGAUGAGCAUAUUGAACAACAGAUAAAGCAUUUUCAUGACUAUGGAAAGAAUGCAAUGGUUUCUGCCCUAAAGGGCUUAUUCUUUACACAAUAUAACGAUUUAGUUACAGCACAAAGGCCAUACAAAAUUUUGAUCUCACUGAUGGAUAAGGAGGAGAUUGGGCAGCCUCUGGUGCAAGAUUUACUUAUCGAUGUAUUAUGGUCAUUGAAAGAUCACAUUGAAAAAUCAUCCUUUGGAACAGAAUUAUUACAAACGGCCAAUAUGUUCUUAGAAAUGAUUGACCCAUAUUUAAUAUGGAUGAAGUUGUACGAAUUAGUUCAAAAUCGAUUUUCAUUAAACAAUGGUUUAGACACAGCG